AUGGAGAUGAUGCGCCAUGAAAGAAGCAGCUGCAAGCUGUCGUACUGCGCCGUCAGCAUGGUAGCUUUUUUCUUCGUGUGGUCGUUGCUGGCAGUGGGUCUUGGCGUGCACUACGGAGAGCUCAACGCGCCUGCAAAUACACGCGAGCCAGUCACGCCGAAGCCUCGUACACUUUCGCAUCCAGUCAGCGAUUGGAUACUCCCCGAAAACGUGGUACCAAUCUCGUAUAAUCUGAAAAUUCAGACCUAUUUGCCGUCAUCAGUUCUGUUGCACCCGAAAGAGCUCGAAUUUGCGUUUCACGGCGACGUUACGAUUUACAUGGAAUGUCGAAAUAGCACAAGCAAAAUAAUCAUGAAUCUAAAAGGACUGGACGUUGUUAAAGAAUCCCUGAAGCUGAGCACCGAGGACGGACAGCUCCUGGAAUUUGAUAUUCCUCCUUUUCAGCUCCAGCCAGAACUUGAACGCAUAAUCUUCUCGCUGAAGUCUGAGCUUGUGACCGACCAGCGAUACGUGCUAAACGUCAGUUACUCUGCUCCUCUGUCGGACAGUCUUGGCGGAUAUUAUCGAAGCAAAUACACCGAGAAUGGUAUUACAAAGUAA